AUAAACAAAAAAGGACCCCUACUGAUACGCUAUCCUUCCUCCAUUAAAGAUCCUUCCCCAAGGAGUCUUCUCACACUUCUCUGUCUCUUUCUCUCAACCUUCCCUUUUCUUCCCUUCCUUUCUUUCUUAGGAACGCAACGGACUCUCACUUUAUAGGAAAAAGAGAAAAAAAGAAAAAAUGCAGAGCUUCAAAGCUGCAGCUCCUACUAACCCAGACAUGUUUUGCCACACUUCUUUUUUCCUCAGAGGAGAGGAUUGUAAUAGCCGUCACCAGACGCGUUUCUCGGAUCUUGGAGAGCUUGAUCAUCCCGCUUCUGCUUUUCAGCACGAUGAUGCUGUUGAUUUAAGCCCAAGCUCCAUUUUUAGUUUAAAAUCCAGCAAUGUUGCUGUUGUUGCUAAUAGCUUCAACUAUGGUUCCUUGAACACGAGCAUUGGGGCAACAGAGAUAGUUUCAAGUGGAACGGGGUGUUUGGACACAGGGCAGUUCAUGUACCAGAAAGGGACAACGUUUGGUGCCUCAUUGGGAAAUGGCCAUAUUGAAAACUGGGCUGACUCUGGCCUCGCAGAUAAUAGCCAACAGACUGACACUUCUACUGAUGUCGACAAUGAUGAUAAAAACCAGCUUAAUGGUGUUCGACAUGGAGCUAUUAUAACCGUGGAUUCUGUGGAUGAGUCCAAGCCAAAAACUGGUGACCAAAAGACACUUCGUAGGCUGGCACAGAAUCGAGAAGCUGCGAGGAAGAGUAGAUUGAGGAAAAAAGCAUAUGUCCAGCAGCUUGAGAAUAGUCGACUUAGGCUUACACAACUAGAGCAGGAGCUUCAAAGAGCACGACAGCAGGGUAUUUUUAUCUCGUCUGGACUUUCUGGGGACCAUGGCCAUUCAGUUGCUGGAAAUGGGGCCUUGGCCUUCGACAUGGACUAUGCUCACUGGCUUGACGAUCAUCAGCGGCUGAUAAAUGACCUAAGAUCUGCUGUAAAUUCUCACAUGGGAGAUAAUGAAUUGCGCAUUCUUGUUGAGUGUGUCAUGGCACAUUAUGAUGAGGUUUUCAGGCUAAAAAGCAUUGGUGCUAAGGCUGAUGUAUUUCACAUGCUUUCUGGUAUGUGGAAAACACCUGCAGAGAGGUGUUUCAUGUGGUUGGGAGGAUUUCGUUCAUCUGAACUUCUCAAGAUCCUUGGAAACCACCUUGAGCCUUUGACAGACCAACAAUUAAUGGGCAUAUGUAAUCUGCAGCAGUCCUCCCAACAGGCUGAAGAUGCCUUAUCACAAGGCAUGGAAGCGCUGCAACAAUCUCUAGUAGACACCCUUUCAUCUGCAUGUUUGGGUCCUACUGGUUCUGGAAAUGUUGCAGACUAUAUGGGACAGAUGGCAAUUGCCAUGGGCAAGCUAGCCACAUUGGAGAACUUCCUUCACCAGGCUGACCUCUUGAGACAACAAACCCUGCAACAAAUGCAUCGAAUUUUGACUACUCGCCAAGCAGCCCGCGCCCUUCUAGUUAUUAGUGAUUACACUUCUCGGCUCCGGGCACUUAGCUCUUUAUGGUUAGCGCGCCCUAGAAAUUGAUAUUCUUUCAUUCCAUGAAGCUCUUCUUGAUUUCAUUAAUGCUUUGCACAGAAUAGUACAGCUAUUUCACCUUCUUUUGGAACCCAUUGAAGGUGCUUGGAAGGGGAUGGUGAAGCAUGAUGUCAUAUGUCCCAAAGAUAACUGUUGGUUGCUGUGGUUGUAAUUUUGUCAGCAAUCCUAGGAAAACAAAUUCUGCCUAUUCGCCUACAGAAAUGGUAGUAUUGAGAAGAGCGCUGUAUAUUAAGUAGGAUCUGAAAAUGUAUUGUGAUUGUCAGUAGUAAUCUCACAUGUGAGGCAUAUCAUCCAAGGCAUUGAUGGUGGUAGUAAUGGCCUUGGUGCAUUGCUAACUUAGUUCAAUGCCCCAAAGCAUUUAACGGUAUAGAUUAUACUAACAUGUCAGUUGUUCCAUGUACUGGCUGUAUCCCAAAUUAUGGUAAUGUUUCAAAUCGGAAUGGACCAGUGCUUUUAGCAAUUUA